AUGGAAAGUAUUGCUGAUGACAUGAUGUUUGAAGAGAUCUUAUCGAGAUUACCUGCAAAGGUAGUUUGUCAAUUCAAGUGUGUUUGCAAACAAUGGUGUUAUGAGUUAUCGACACCAAAGUUUGUUUUAAUACAUACUCGACGAGUUUCAAACUUACUACAAAAGAAGCUGCUCUCUUUGAAUGAAAAUACCAUUGUCGUUGACGACAUAGUAUCUGGCAACUUGGAAGUCGAAACCGUUAAAGUCGUAACUUUUCCAUACGAUGUCGAGCCAUCCUUUUUAAUCAUUAUAGGUUCGUUUAACGGACUGAUUUUACUUUGCAUUAGGAGGACUGAUGCCAAUGAGCUCGUCCUUUGGAAUCCAACCACUAGGCGGUUUAAGUUCAUAUCGGACGACUAUUUUAGUCAGUAUUUUGGUCGACAUGACGAUACGGGUGGGAUGUACGUUGAUGAGCACAACGAUCUGAAAGUGCUUCAUAUUAAUUGUUUUGCUGGGGCAGUUACUGUUCGUGUAUAUUCACAACAUAAUGACUCAUGGAGAAAAUUGAGUUUCUUGAAAGGAUGUAUGUUAGGUUCAAACUUUUAUUCAUGGUCUCAUGGAAUUUAUUCCGGCAAAACAAUUUAUUUCACUGUUUCCAAUUACUUUAUUCCACCUGGUGAAUGUAACAUUGUUGCUUUUGAUGUUAUAUCUGAAUCGUUCAGUAUUCUUCGUUUUCCCGAGCGUAUUCAAGCCAGUCCUUGCCAAGUGCAUUUUCUAACAAUUUCGAACAAGCUUCAUGGCGUUGUUGUUAAAUAUUCUGAAGAACUAACUGCAGAAUUGGUCAAAUAUGAACAUGAUGAUUGGAUAACGGUAUUUUCUUUCAGCAAUGCUCGCAUAGUUCAACAUUUGGAGCCGCGGCAAAGGACGAAUAUAAUUCACGACAAUAAGUGGUUGAUAACAAGUAUUUGGGGAGAUACUGUUGAGGUUCUACUGUGCAACGAUUCUUUUAACUACAUUCAAAAGGUUGACAGCUUUAACGGACCUAAAGGCGCAUUAUUUUUGGAGACAAUCGUUUCCCCUUGCUGA